GCCUCGUGCCCGGGCAGCCAGUCAGCGCCAGCCAUCCUUCACGGAGAGUGGCAGAGUUGUGCUGCAGUUCCUCUUGUGCCGUGACUUCCUCCCAAACACUCGAGGUGGGGUGGUGGAGUUCGGCCCCCCACCUUGACUCUUAUCACUGCACCUGGCGGCCCGGGACAUGAAGACUGAGUACCGCCGUCACCUCUACCGCCCCCUGGAUCAGACGCAUCUUUGUUAUCUUUUGAAAUAUACGUUAAUUUUUGUCAUGAAUCACGUUUAGCUCCGCCGCUGCCGAGCAUCCUGCCUCAUAAGAUUCAUGCGCAUGCCCCCGUACCUGGUUGCCAUCCAGUCGAGCUUGAUCUAAAUUUGUAAUUUUUAUUUCUAAUCGCCCCAGGUGUUGUAAAGGUGUUAUCGAGGUACAAUCUUCUCGCCAUAUCGUCUUUGGUGCUAUCUCAGCUUGUCAGUCUCACCAGCAGCUCUCAAGUUGUCCUACGUUCUGUGAUAUGAAAAAUAGUGAGAUUAGUGUGACUUGCGUCCCGUCCGUGCCCACUCCUGCCGUUAGUCUACUCAAGAUUGCUGAUAUCUGCCUCUCCGCUAAGUAGCGACCCUCCCGGAACGUGCCUCCUUCUCCCGAAAACUGAGUAACGAAGGAAUCACGGAAAAGGGACGUAAAAGAGGUACAGGUAAUCAAAGGACACAAGAUCAAAGGACACAAGUACAAAGAAUCACAGUGUUGCUUUCUGCCUUGACUCGCUGUUUCUAGGAUGUAUCCCAACGUCUCGGUGCGCCUCAGCUAGCUCUAGUACUCUGCUCGACGCGUUCCUCUUACUGGCCGAGUCCACACACUCAAACGCACACUCGGCCAUCACACGUGCUUCCAAGAUGGAUAUCUACAUUAGAUAGCAAGACAUACUGCAUCCCUUUGAUCCCUCGUACGCGUCAAGCUGUCCAGUUGUCAGAUCUUAAUUCUGAGAGCUGCAGUCCCGUGUUGGCAUCACUUCCAUGCAUCGAAGAGUCUAGACGGGACCGCCGCUGGCCUGGUGCCGAACUGAGUGCCGAGGCCGUCAGUGGCGCCGCGACGAGCACCACGCCGUCAGGACCUGGACUUCCUCUGCCUUACCUCCUGAUCCUUCGCCAUGACGGUCACCUACACCAGCAAUGUGGCCACCUGCAGCGGCUUUGGCUGCUUCUGGAAGCUUCUUUUCAGAUGGAAAGGAAGCAUCUACAAACUGGUGUGGCCGGAGCUGCUCGCUUACAGUUGCCUGUAUUACGCCUGUAACCUGGCAUACAGGUUCGCACUGAGUGAGGAACAGAAAAGACUCUUUGAGAAGGUGUCCGUGUACUGCCAAUACUUCAGCGACCUCAUCCCGCUGUCCUUCGUGCUUGGCUUCUACGUGUCCAUCGUGGUGCAGAGGUGGUGGGAGCAGUACAUGUCCCUCCCCUGGCCCGACUCCCUGGCGCUCUUCGUCUCCACCUCCAUCCACGGCCUUGAUGAGCGAUCACGUUUGAUGCGCCGCACAGUGAUGCGCUACGUGAACCUGACAGAGAUCAUCACCUUCAUCAUGAUCAGCCCAGGCGUCAAGAAGCGGUUCCCAACCCUUGAGCACCUGGUAGAAGCAGGUAUCCUGACAUCAAAUGAGCAGAAGAUAUUUGAUGACCUGAAUGCCAAGACUUCGCACUCCAAGUACUGGAUGCCUCUGGUGUGGGCUGGCAGCAUCAUUGCACGGGCCAGGAAAGAAGGCAGGAUACGAGAUGACUUUGCUGUCAAAACUAUGUUAGAUGAAAUCAACAGAUUUCGUGGAUUGUGUGGAGGUUUGCUAAGUUAUGAUUGGAUUAGCAUACCUCUUGUAUAUACUCAGGUUGUGACUCUGGCAGUGUACUCCUUCUUCAUUGCUGCAAUUAUGGGACGGCAGUUUCUGGAUCCAGCUCAGAAGAUCCCAAACCAUGAAGUGGAUUUUUAUGUUCCUAUAUUUACACUCCUGCAAUUUUUUUUCUACAUGGGUUGGUUGAAAGUGGCUGAGUCUCUUGUGAAUCCCUUUGGUGAAGAUGAUGAUGACUUCGAGAUCAACUGGCUGGUAGAUAGAAACUUACAGGUUUCUUAUCUUAUAGUAGAUGAGAUGCACAGUGAACAUCCAGAGCUCAUCCAAGACAUGUACUGGGACGAGGUGUUUCCCCAAGAAUUGCCGUACACCAUUGCAGCUGAACAGUUCAGACGUGAACCACCUCAAGGUUCUACAGCAAAUAUUGAAGUGUCAGAGCAGGGCCAAGAGUUUCUACCCAUGGUUGAGGAAGAAGAUGAUGAAGGAAUUCAAGAUUCUCUGUCUGGAAUCAAUGUUGAUAUGGAGAAAGGAGGCUCAAAAGCUAUUGAUAUUAUGAAAAAGCCAAGGAGUGCAAGAUCAUCCAUAUCAGGGAUGGCAUCGUCCCAACCCCUGUCAUCCCGCAAGCCUUCAAUGUUAUCAAUGUUAUUUAACAGACUAACGUCUAACAGCCAAGAAAAUGUUCGACGCCAUGGUCUCAAACCUAAUAUGAGCAGCACAUCAGUUCGUCACGGAAGACGGCCACGCAGCCUCAAGAGAUCCGGAUCCCGAGUGUCAUCGGCAUCUCAGGACAGUGCCAUAUUCCGCAUGUCAGGACUGUCACUCAACACGCAUGGCGGGGAAGACAUCACUAGUCCGCGCUCAAAGACGAGACACAAUUCUUGUGGUGAUGAUGACGAGCAUAUUGUUAUCAAGAUCAAGCGAAGAGAUAAUGAUGGGCAUGUUAUAACGUCACACACAUCUGAUGACUUCGACAAUACAAGUGAUUCUGGGAAAGCACUACUAAUUGGAAAACAGAAAAAAACAGGUGCAUCUUCCAUAUUUAGAGAAGGGACAGAAGAAGAGCCUUUCAUCAACAGUGAAAAAGCGAAAGGGCUUCCUGACAAUAAGAGUCUCGGCAGUAGUGCUUCAAUUCGCACAUCCAUUUUCCACGGUGAUGGAACAGAAGUGGAUAAUAAUGAAGAGGAAAGGAGAGAGCUUCUUGCACAAAAACAAGGAAGAAGCAUGACUAAUAUGAACCUUAAAGGAUUAUCAAAGACCAUUAGUAUUCCAAGCAGAUCCCAUCAAGAGCACCCAAGUUCAUCAUUAUCCUUUCAUAGACUCAGUAGUGAAUCCAUAGAAAAGAGAGUAUCACAGUCUGAACAACUUUUAUCGGAAGACGACACCUUCUUGCCUGACCUACAAAGACAAGAUGAAACCAGCACCAGUGAGCCAGUUUCACCUUUGCACAAAUCUCCGGUUCUGCAGUCCAUGGCAUCUAAAAGCUUAGCUGCCUUUGAUGCUCAUGUUGAAAAAGACAAAAAAUCCAGCACCCAUCCUACUACCUCACCUUUUGGAGCAGAUGAAUCCGUGCUGUAUAAGCCUUUCAGUGGAGACUUAAGUGUGUGCCUUGAAGAGGCCAGUCCCAAGGCCAGUAGUUCUGAGGGGAAAUUUUCAUAUAUGAAACCUGAGUCUGGUUCAGUUUUCCAAAGUAGUCCUGACCAGCAAGUAGCUCCUAAAGACACACUGGAAACAAUCAUUGAGGGUCCCUUAGAAAGCAUAGCUGAAGUAGAAAAUGUAGAGGAAAGCUACAAAUGUGAUACUAGUAAGUUAUAAUGGUUGUUAAUAAGCCACAUAUCUCAAAAUUAGACUUCCAAAAUUAAAAAUAGAUAUUGUAAAUGUAGGUUUUACAAAGUCACAAAAUAUAAAGACAAAAGCACAAAUUUCCCAUUUUCAUAUAUUUUAAUUUAAGUAGAUAUUAUUCUAAGAUAAUAAAUUGAAAUUAUUCAUUACUAUGUGAUAGUAAUUACAGCAUCAGAUAUUGGCCUAUAUUUGUUUGCAUAACAUUUUUGUAUUUUAUGUAAAUAUGUAUGGUAUUUAGUUUCCAGUAAUGAAGUAAAAUAUAAUUUUUUGUACUUUGUAAUUGUACUGUUUGGAAACAUACAUACCAUUGUUAUGUUGGUUAUGAUUCCCACCUUAAUAAGGCUCAAUGAACCUUAAGUUGUACUUUAUCUGUCCCCUAAAGAUAUGGUAAGAACUUGUUUUUCACUUGUCUCAUUCUUGAGUUAUUAUAAAAACAUUGUUCAAUGUUAUUUACUUGUGGGUGUGAUAUGAGUGUUCACGUGUGCCUUGUUUCAGCCAUGCCUGCGGUAGUAGAUGUCAGCCUGGCAUAUAGACAGAUAUUUCUCAUGUAUUGGUAACACACAAAAUGUGAUUUUGCAAAAUGUGAUUUUGCCCGUUUAGAAUAUUUUAGAUUAAUAAUUUAAAAAUAAUUAUUUCCUCAUUCUUCAUUCAUCUAAAGAAAUGUAAAUAAUACACAGACUUAGAAACAUAUUCUUACAAUUAUCUUAGAAAUCAAUUAUGGUAUAUUUAUCUUUUUAUUUUUUUAUUGUCAUAGAGAUCCAUACCACAUCAAUUGAACUAUGUUAACUUUUAGUCAGGUUAUUCUCAAUUUUCUGUCCGGGUUUUGAUAUAUACUUAGUUUUGUUUGAAGCCUUAAAUAGAGAGCAAUGAAAACACUGUUGAAUUAGUAUAUGCAUUUUAGGUGAUCAGUGAAGACUUUAGUGCCAGAACCAUGUUAUGGUAUAAACUUAUUAACUAAAGUCUUUACUGAUUAAAAACAUAGGAACAUAACUGGGUUCUUCCAAAACUGAUAUUUGCCUAUAUACUUCUCAAAGUUAUGAAACAUAAAUUUACAUACUUUUAUUUGAA